CUCCGAGCUAGCGAGCGGUGCCCAGCGCACUCCGGGGAUGUGCUGCAGCGAUGGGGAAGGCGGCAGGCGACGAGGCUUACUUCCAGAGGGGCAGUCUGUUCUGGUUCACGGUCAUCACCCUCUCCUUUGGCUAUUACACGUGGGUUGUCUUCUGGCCUCAGAGUAUUCCUUAUCAGAGCCUCGGGCCCCUGGGCCCCUUCACUCAGUACUUGGUGGACCAUCAUCACGCCUUUCUGCGUAAUGGGUACUGGCUUGCCUGGCUGAUUCACGUGGGAGAGUCCUUGUAUGCAAUGGUAUUGUGCAAGUCUAAAGGCAUCACGAAUGGUCGGGCUCAGCUACUCUGGUUCCUGCAGACGUUCCUCUUUGGGAUAGCCUCCCUCUCCAUCCUGAUUGCUUACAGACCAAAACACCAAAAGCAAACUUAAAGGAGAUCUCCAAGCCUUUCCCUGCACUGACAUCCAGCCUCACUUUAUCUGGGGGUGGUGUGUUUACUCCACCUUUCUGUUUUCUGGAAAGCUACGACCCUCUAGUUAUUCAUUAUUUCAUAUUCUCUAGUUGUGUUUGAGAAGAUGACAGGAAAAGGUUUAACUUUCCAAUUCUGCAGACUAACCUAUUGAGCAGAGUCCUUCUAGCUACCUUCUCGAAGGCCUAGGCUGUGUUGGUGCUCUCUCCCCGCCAUCUGGUGUAAGCCACGUACUAAAUUUGCUGGUUGGUAUACCUGUGCUCCCACCUUUUGACUAAAACACUCAUACCACCUCCAUCUUAGCUGAUGAGGGGUUGCUUUUUGGUAAGGUAAAAUAUUUUAGAGUUAAUCGAUGGAAAUCCAACUCAGAUUUUGUAAAAGCAUGGUCCUCUCCAAGGGAAAUAACGACAGUAGCAUUAAUGGUACCAGGAACAAUAUGGUGCAUUAUUGAAUGAAAUGGAUUAACGAAUAAAAUGCUGUGAAUUGUCUCUCCA